AAUUCCCUGAGACACUUAACUGAUAGUGGCUGUUUUUACUUGCGACGUUUAAUCAUGGCUGCGCCAAUUUCUACCGUCGCGGAGUCCAAGGAACUCCGGGGUCUGAACCUCAUCGCUGCUCACUCACACAUUCGGGGGCUCGGCGUAGAUGUUGACUCGUUGCAACCGAGACCGGCUUCUCAGGGUCUUGUUGGCCAGGAGAAGGCUCGAAAGGCAGCUGCAGUUAUCCUCCAGAUGGUCAAAGAAGGCAAAAUUGCUGGACGGGCUGUCCUAAUUGCAGGCCCGCCCAGCACAGGUAAAACGGCUAUUGCGAUGGGUAUGGCACAGUCGCUUGGGCCCGAUGUUCCGUUCACCAUGUUGGCUGCCUCCGAAAUUUUCUCCAUGGAAAUGUCAAAAACGGAGGCCCUGACACAAGCUUUCCGAAAAUCCAUCGGUGUGCGAAUCAAGGAAGAGAGCGAGAUUAUUGAGGGUGAAGUGGUAGAGAUUCAAAUUGAUCGGAGCGUUACUGGGGGCAACAAACAAGGGAAGCUCACCAUAAAAACCACCGACAUGGAGACAAUUUACGACAUGGGAACGAAGAUGAUCGAUUCGAUGACAAAAGAAAGGGUUAUGGCUGGAGACAUCAUCUCGAUCGAUAAGUCGUCUGGCAAGAUAACCAAGCUGGGGCGCUCCUAUGCCCGAUCUCGCGAUUACGAUGCUAUGGGCGCCGACGUCAAAUUCGUCCAAUGCCCCGAGGGAGAGCUUCAGGUCCGGAAGGAGAUUGUACACACAGUGAGCUUGCAUGAGAUUGAUGUCAUCAACUCGCGUUCGCAGGGCUUCUUGGCGCUCUUCUCUGGUGACACUGGGGAGAUUAGGAGUGAAGUUAGAGAUCAGAUCAAUGUUAAAGUUGCAGAGUGGAAGGAGGAGGGUAAGGCAGAGAUUAUUCCUGGUGUCUUAUUCAUUGAUGAGGUGCACAUGCUCGACAUUGAAUGUUACUCCUACAUCAACCGGGCCUUGGAGGCGGAGCUUGCUCCGAUUGUGAUCAUGGCAAGCAACCGUGGCCACUCGCGGAUUCGGGGAACGACAUACAACUCCCCACACGGCUUGCCCCUUGACUUCCUUGACCGCGUGGUCAUUGUCAGCACACAACACUACUCGGCCGACGAGAUUAGGCAGAUCCUGGCGAUCCGCGCUCAAGAGGAAGAGAUCGAUUUAUCUCCAGACGCCCUGGCCCUUUUGACGAAGAUCGGCCAAGAAUCCAACCUGAGAUACGCCAGCAACAUCAUCACCACAUCACAUCUCCUCAGUCAAAAGCGGAAAGCCAAAGAGGUCAGUGUUGAUGACGUCCAGCGGAGCUACCGAUUGUUCUACGACCCUGCUCGUAGCGUCAAGUUCGUCAAUCAGUACGAACAGCGUUUCAUUGGCGAUCAAGGAAACGUGAACUUCACGGCUUCCAAUGGGGACGCCAUGGAGAUUUCGUGAACAUCUUUUGCAAUCGCAUUUAGAUCCUUUCGGUGUUCAAUGGACGGAGUAUCUGAAGACAGCAUGUCCAUUUUGGAGGGCAUAAAGGGUGGUUAUAUCUAAAAGGCUGUCAUCGGGUUGCGAUGCUUUUCGCGCACGUCGACUGAUUAUGUACGAUAAUCCUGGCGCUUGUUUGCGUUUGCGGCUCAAUAUGGGUAUUUUGAUGUUACGGUUCAAUUUAGGUUUAUAACGAAAAGAUUUAUGCUUUCGAAUUGGUA